AAAACAGUUGAUAAAUUUUGCUGACUUAAAAUGAUCAUCCAAAUACAAAUAUCAUCCAAAGAUUUUAUCGUCAAAUUUUCAAACCUCCAUGCUGGGCUUAUCAGAAGAUAACAGUUGAUAAAUAGGUCGUCUAUUAGCCGGAGGCGUUUAUUUAUGGUUAUUUGAGGCUCAACUAUGUUUGAACACAGUUUGCGUUGAUUUUCAAAUGUACGCAGUCUUCAAGUUAAAUAUUAAACAGCCAUUUCGCAAGUUCAUUCUGAAAUCCAAAUAAUUAUGCAAUAUCAACCAACGGAUCUUACACUCCAAGCUAAUAUUGAAGCUACAAAAAUAAAAAACCGAAAUGCAAGAAAAUGUCAUUGACUUGACCAGAAUGCAGCGCUAACAAUGAAUACAGAUGGAUUCGAUACUUCCAGGAAAGCAAAUCCCAAUUGCGUCAUCAACAUAAAUUUUAACUUAAAGGCUGUACUCAGAUUACAGUUUUGUAUGUUGUACACUUAUAUCCAGUAAAGCAAAUGAAUAACCAUCUUGUUGUUACCUACAAAAGGAAAACUUGUUUUUUAUCGGAGGAUUUUUGUUGGAUCGGGAGCGGUUUGGAUAAGAGAGGAUUAACUCUAAUGUCGUGUUGUUUGCAUCUUAUUGCGUUUUUCUAAAUCAAACAAGUAUCUGCUUCUUAAUUUCCAGAGAUAAUUUUUGAAAUUAUUUCUGCAAAAAUUGCUUGAUUAAAAACUGCGAACAAGACAUUUCUUUUUCAUCAAAACCGCCACCUGAACUUGAUGCACAAAAGAAGAUUGGUUUCAUUUGAAAUUUUAAAUUAAAGAACAAACUAGGAACAAGUAAAUAACGUGUCAGUGCUGAAAAUUUUGAAGCGAAGACCAAGGUAUCUACUAACAUACACAAUAAGCGGCUCAACAAAAGGCGAUCCGACUACGAAUAGGCUUAAAACUAAAGAUAACGCAAAUAUUGUCUUUAUUUGUGUUGAUCUAACUUAUUAAGUUACCGUCAGUUUACUUCAUCGCGUCAGAGUACCGUGCGAAUGACCAGCAGCCAUCAAACAUUUGGGUGCAAUAUUUCUUUAAAUUAAAUCACUAAUUUCAUCUCAAAGCCAUUUCUCGUUGAAUCAUCUAUUAGAGAUGACUCACUAACAUGUCCUCAAAGAGAGCUUGGUGACAACCGAGAAAAUUGAUUUAUACUUGAUAAUCUAAAUCAGAAAACCAAUAUCAGAGCCAGAGUUUUCAAAGCCAGAAAUUAUUUCCUUUCCAAGACAACUUAAGCAUACAAGAAUAGAGGGGUUUUUUGCUAAAAAAAUAUCACUAGAAGGCUCUCUUAAUUGCAGAGUUUUUUAGGAAUUUCUGACUGCUUCUGUGAAGGGGAACAAAGCACCCCCAACAAUGCACUUACAACGAUGCACUUACAACGAUGCACUUACAACGAUGCACUUACAACGAUGCACUUACAACGAUGCACUUACAACGAUGCACUUACAACGAUGCACUUACAACGAUGCACUUACAACGAUGCACUUACAACGAUGCACUUGCAACAGUUCAAAAGGAAGAUUCUUUGAUAAACAAAGAUAAGAUCCAGAAGAUAAACAAAGCUCUUUCUUCUUGUUCAUAUAGCCUAUUUCACAAUGACGUUGCUCAAACUUCAAUGAUUUCUGUUAUGUAAUCUUAUGUAAUCUGUUAUAUAAUAAUAUUCAUCAAUGUUAUUUUGUUAUGUAAUUUUUGUUGUGGAAAAAUGAUUCUUUCAAAAUACGAAAAGGUGUGACAGAAACUUAUAAACUCUUCCCGCAAACCAAUUUGGAAAACAAUGUAACAUUUCUCUCUGAGUAAAUUGUUAGAGAGCAACAAUGAAGGCCACGAUAAAUGGAGCAAGUAUGGUUCUUACAACUAUUUCACUUAAUAUUGAGACAUGAAGACAGUAAAGCAUACAUGACGCAGCUAAAUUAGCAUGAAUGGAGACAGAGAAACUCUGAUCAGAUAGGGACAAUACUUAGAGAUGACGUAAAAUAUGAUGGCUAACCAUUUUAUGUUUGGUCUAACUGCUUAAAUUACAAUGCAAAAGCUCUUUUUGAUAGAAAUUUGGAGUGAGUUGUUUUGUUGUAGAAGGGCAAAAAGCUUUUUUGCGCGAGGAAUCUGAUAUGCCUUCUGCUAAACGGGGCCAUUUAAUUUGACGUUGACAGCGCAAUACUUAAAUACCUAUCUGUGAAAUGAACCAAGCUACAUUCUCAAAUAGUUACAAUUCUCUGUUUGUUUGCACGUGAAUUUGAAACAACGAUUAACACUGCCAUUGAUAACAUUGUAUCCCUAACAACGAUUUUAGCAGACCUUUGUGAUGCACUUCGAGAUGUAUGUAAACAAAACAACGACACUGGAUUGACAUGAUUUGAUCUAACAGAAGUGUCAAGAUCAGGUAUGAAGUUGCAUUCAAGAUGAAGUAUUCACUCUUUGACUUGCAUAAUAAAUCAUACUGAGAAACUUGGCUGCAAGUUUAAGUAGAUUUGCGUUAGUUAAUGCUGAGAAGGACCUGAUGAUGGUAUUGUGAAGAACAAAGACGCUGAAUCUUAUCAAACCGGACAACAUGUAAAAGGGAGAUAAACAACUGCUUCGCGACAUCUGAAAGUAAGCAAAAUCUUUAAAAAACCGAGUAGCAGUGUACUUAAUAUUUGCUUCUGGAUUAUUCGUAGUGGGUAAAAUCACAGAUAAAUGUAGUGAGAAAUAUUUUAAUUACUUUCUGCCAUGAGUUUCUAUUUUUAUUUUCUCGUCAUUAAUAAUUCAAUUAACUGUUGGAAAGAAUCCCGCUUGACUCAUUUUUGCCGACGAUGCAAACGGAGAGUAGAUUAGAAAAAUUUUCAAGAAUCAAGAUGGAAGCGUAUUCCAAAUCGGCGGAAAAUGAUAAACAUCGUGAGAAGCACGAUAGAAGGACCAAAGGUUUGAAGACAUACAUCAAAAGCAACAUGCACCUCCUUGUAUAUUUGGCAGUAUUCAUCAACGGGAUAUGUUUCACAGUAUGUGAUAAUAACAUAACUAUAGGUAUAAUGUUUAAGGAGCUUUCAAAAGUAGAGAAAGAGAUAAUCAGCAACGUGACAGCAAAUGUCAUAUCCGAAAAAUCGUUUGCUGGAAGAUUGGACCAUUUCCACUUCCAGUGCUCUGAAGAAAUGGACUAUUUAAAGAUGGGAAAUGAAAUCCAAAAACGCAACGUGAGCCUUGUAUUAUCAAUCAGCUGUUCCUCACAUUUUAUAAGUUUUCUAAACAUGGUCGGAGUUCCUGUUGUCUCCGUGUCCAGAAAUACCCUCCCUGACAAUGAAAACAACAACCCAGCCAGCCAUGUGAUAUGGAGGCAUCAUGGUAAUGACGAAUUUUCUAACGCAGUGAAUCAGGUUCUGGUCAAACAAGACUGGUACGAGAUCGUUGUCCUUUAUGAUGCCAAUGAUUACAAAGCAUUCAGUGAUUAUAUGAGCUCCACCUGGACAAUUGGACAACGAAAAGGAUACCCACUUGAAGUGCAAGAUAAUGGAAGGAUAAAUGGCACAUCUCUGGACAGGCUUCAAGUGUUUGCAAAUUUCUCAGUUCAUGCAGUCAUCCUUUUAUGCAGGGAGAAACACUUACAACCAAUCGUCAACAUGAUAAAAAAUGUUAACAGAUCUGGUGCGAGAGUGGUUCCAUCGCUUGUUUUGCGAAAUCCAAUCAAAAGAAAGAAACUUGAGGAUGGCUUAAAUUCACAAAUGGUUGUAGCGUUUAAAACCAAUUACAGUCUGCACAACAACAUGACCCACAAACAUUUCGUAUCCGAAGAAGCCAUCAUGGAAAAUGGUUUUGGAGCUCUUCUUUCGAAUGCCAUCUUCAGCGUCACCACCAACAUCAUCGAUUGCGCAUUGAACCUGACAAAAAAUGAAACACUUCGUUCCAAUCUGUUCAAAAACAUCACAAGAUGCAUAAAAGAAGACACCAGUGCACACCAAAUUGACGUUCUAAAUCUGAGAAAUAACAGCUUUGUGCAGAUCGGGACCGCUAAAGACAACGGCAAAAUUCUGAAUUUGUGGUCAUUAAUUAAAACAAACAAAGCUCCUGGAAAUUAUCUCAGAAGCAUGAACAGACCCCUGAGAAUCGUGACCAUACAUGAUCCUCCGUUUGUUUGGAUUGACAAUCUAAAGAACGGAUCGAGGCAUUUCCGAGGAUUUCUGAUUGACAUCCUGAAAGGGAUGCAAAAGGAUUUGCAAUUUGAAUAUACCAUUUACGAAAUCGCGGAUGAUGAGUAUGGCACGCUGGACGAAGGAAAGUGGAUCGGUAUGGUUGGAGAUGUAUUUUACGAUAAAGCUGAUUUUGCCCUGGCCCCUUUCACUGUGGACGAAGUGAGAUCAAAGAUAAUAACUUUUCUCCAUCCAUUCAUGAAGGCCCACGUUUCAUAUUUGACGAAGAAAACGGGAACUACCACGACGAGUAUUACUCAGUUCUUAGAACCAUUCACGAAAACGGUUUGGUUAACUAUUCUUACAUGCAUUUUUGUAGUGACGAUCUCGGUGUACUUUGUUGACUACUUUGAACCGGGCGGAUGGAGACAAUGGCAUAUUAAGAAGGAUGGCACUCCUGGACGUGAAUUUACUUUGGUAAACAGUCUGUGGUUUACAGUAGGCUGCAUGUUGAGACAAGGGCCUCUUGCCACUCCGAGGUCGUGUGCAAGUCGGAUUCUGGUGAUGGUAUUCUGGUUCAUUGUUCUAAUUCAAAUGUCAUCAUACACCGCCAACCUGGCAGCAUACUUCACUUUUAAGAAAACAACAACUGAGAUCCGGGACCUUGAGACUCUUGCUAAGAUGGAUUAUAACAUUCUCAUCUUCAAGCAUUCUGUGAUUCACAAGCAGCUUGAAUAUGCCACAUACCAACCGUACAAAAUGAUAUAUGAAAAGAUUGUUGCACACAAUGCCUUUGUGCAUCUUUUUGAGGAGGGCAUAUCGCAAAUCCGUAAUAGAACAGACAAGACUACAAUACUGCUUUCAGAGAGCCCAUUCCUAGAAGACAUAGCUAAUAAAAAGCCAUGUGACCUUAUUUCAGUGGACAGUUUCUUGCCAGUGAGAAGUUAUGCUUUUGUUGUGCAGUUUAAUUCACCACUUUAUGACAUUUUUUCUGUGGCAAUUUCAAGACUGCAAGAUUCGGGCUUUAUAGAAGCAAAGAGGAAGAUUUAUUGGGACAGUGCAAAUGAAUGCACCACAGAUAACACAGAAACAGAAUAUGGAAGAAUAACAGCAAUGCAGAUGACUGGGGUUUAUGCAGUUCUACUUGGAGGCAUUAUUCUGUCAAUCAUAACAUUGCUAUUUGAAAUAUUUUGGAAGAAACACAGAAAUAAAACAAAAGCCAAGCAAGUUGAGGCCAAAAAGCUGCAACAAAUGGAAGAAACGUGUCACAAGGAAAUCUUUGAAAGCACCUUUACACAUGAAGAAAAAAAGGAUUUGGAUACUCACGAUAGUUGAGAUGUUGUGGAAAAAGAGAACUCAAAGGAAACAAUUCGAAAUUCCCGCCAGUCGGUUCCUUGCGGCCUAAGUGGACAGAUGCCUCGCUCGCAUGAACCCACACGACAAGAUGACCACUGGAACGAGGCCCUCCGGUGUACCUUUGCAAGGGAGCACUUCUCCAACAAUGUAAAUGGGCUACAACCCCCGCCUCCCAAAC